AAUUCAACCCGGAAUAGAACCCUAAUAUUCGCCCGCUUCGCACUCUCCAUAUCUCGCCUCCGACUCUCCGGGUCUCUCCCCCCCCCCCCCUAUAAAUGGGGAGCGCCCUCUAAUUUCUCCCUUCUCGAGGCUCAGCAGUGGAAAAAGAGGGGAGGGGGGAGAGGACGAAUUCGCUUCGCCGGAGGUCGACGCUAGGAGAAGCUCUGGUCGGCGGCCCGGGGCGCUGAAAUCGUUAGAAAGGAUCGGCGGCGGUUCUCGCCGCGGUGGAUUAAAGGUGGUGAGGAUGUCGACCCCUGCAAGGAAGAGGCUGAUGAGGGAUUUCAAGCGAUUGCAACAGGACCCUCCUGCAGGAAUCAGUGGCGCUCCACAGGACAACAACAUCAUGCUCUGGAAUGCUGUCAUAUUUGGCCCCGAUGACACCCCCUGGGAUGGAGGUACGUUCAAACUGACACUUCAGUUUACAGAGGAUUAUCCUAAUAAACCACCAACUGUACGCUUUGUUUCUCGAAUGUUUCAUCCAAACAUCUAUGCGGAUGGAAGCAUAUGCUUGGAUAUCCUACAGAAUCAGUGGAGUCCAAUAUAUGAUGUUGCUGCGAUACUUACAUCAAUCCAGUCGUUGCUCUGUGAUCCAAACCCCAAUUCACCUGCGAACUCAGAAGCUGCACGCUUGUUCAGUGAAAACAAGCGUGAGUACAAUAGAAAAGUACGUGAGAUUGUGGAGCAGAGCUGGACAGCAGAUUGAUGGUGGAUCUCGCCCCUUCCAAUCAACUGGUGCUUGCUUGCUCUAUCCGAAAGGUGUGGGACACCAUCUGUAGUUAGAUGAUGCAGUAUAUGUAUAUUGUAUUCCAACUUCAUGCUUGCUGCCGCCGUAUAGCUGCAUGGCUUUCGGACAUGGACAUGUUAUAGCUCUUUCUCUUGAAAAUCUGCUAGCUUUGUGAUAUGAGGAGAAUAUUAGACCUUUUGUUUCAUACCUUCGUUGAUGUCUAUUUCAUUUGAUGAGCUGGCUUGUUGGAUGAA